UUUCAGUACGUCAAUUGUUCAAUCACCAACUAUCACUUGAUCACCUUUGCAAGCCAUAAUACAUGGCUAGAACACAGAUUCUCGUGACAGCCACGCUUGUGGCCAUUGGGUGGAGGGUUAUAAGUGCAGGUGGUCACCACGGCGGCGGCGGCGGUGGCGGUGGCGGUCAUGCACACUCCUUCGCACACUUCCAUGGUCCAGUAGUUGGACCUGAUCAGAAAGUCGUGGCAGUUGGUCAUGGAGGCGGAGGACAUGGAGGUGGUGGACACGGAGGCGGUGGACACGGAGGAGGUGGACACGGAGGCGGUGGACAUGGUGGUGGUGGGGGUCACGUCGAUUACGUGGCACAUCCCAAGUAUGACUUUUCAUAUGGAGUUGUGGAUCACAAAACCGGGGAUUCACAUGGUCAGAAGGAGUCACGUGAUGGACACAAAGUGGUAGGAGAGUACACGGUCAAGGAACCUGGCGGCAACACGAGAACCGUCAAGUACUAUUCAGACAAGCACGGCUUCCACGCUGAUGUACAUAAUAGCAACGGAAACGAUCAUUCUGGAGGUGGACACGGAGGACAUGGAGGCGGCGGUGGACACGGAGGACACGGAGGCGGUGGCGGUGGCGGACACGGAGGACAUGGAGGUGGUGGUGGACACGGAGGACAUGGAGGCGACGGUGGGCACGGAGGACACGGCAGCCAUGGAAGCUAUACUGAUCACCAUGAUGAUGGUUAUUAAGGCAGCUGGAAUUCAUUGGAAUCUCUUUCAUCUGACUUUAGAUAAUAUCACUGCAAUAUCUUAAAAUAGAAUUUGAGUAUUAAAAUAAAAUGUGUAUAUUGACUAAAGAGAAAAGUUUAAAUGAGUCUUUCAUACUUACUACUUUAUUGUAAUUAAUAUUCGUGAUUUUAUACGUAAUAAUCUGUGAUCAUAAAUCUAUCAAGUGAUACUAAUGUUCAAUGGUCGAGUUAUUAAUUAUAAUGCAAAAUUUCUAUGAAUCAGAGUUCCCCUAACAAAUAGCGGGAAAAUCAUUCUAAUUUGAUUUUUUCGCAUGUUGUUUUACAAUGAUAUACUCACUCGGAAAAUGAUGUGUUGACACAUACAGAAUACCUAAUAUCACCUUAACACUGAAAGCUGGUUAACAGAUAGGCUAACAGUUUAAUGGAGUGUCGAGUUAACAGACUUUCCUGUUGUGUUUUUAUAAUUAAGAAUGUUCAAUAAAAUCAAGUCAAAUUAAAAACAAAAUUGUACGUAUUUAUUUAACAUAUUUAGUUAAGUCACUUAAUUUACGAAUAAAUUUAUCUGCAUUUAAUAGGCAAACCAGUGAGUACAAUAACAGUUCGUGAUGUACGAUUAUAUAAUUGUUGUAAAUUUAUCUACACCAACCGAAAAGACCAAGAUUUUUGAGGACAACCUAAAAGCGCUAACAAUGAAGCCGUAGUAAGCCACUGAUCCAGCAGUAAGACUAUUGACGAUAAUGUUCGAAUUAUUUUAGAUGUGUUUGAAGAAAAACUGAUAGAAAAUGAGAAUGAACAAAAGUUAGGUACUGCAAUACUUUUCUUUCCUUAUUUAAUGGGAGGAGAGCUUUUGCUUCCAUUUUUAAAAAUUUGCUUGAGAAGGAAUUAUGCUGAAUCUGUAGACAACGGAAAACUGUUGAGCAAUUGGUGGAAGAGACAAAACGUUUUAAAGAAAAAUACUUAAUUUAAACACCGCAUUUCCUAAAUUUUAAGGCUCCAUCGCCUAAAAGACACACCCUUAAUUCAGUGAUAGGUUUUAAGGAACAAAUAUGCUAUGUUGAUCAUUAUUAGCUACCAAAUCUGCGACGAACCCGAUUUUAGAAAUUUUCAAAUGUGGAAAAGUACGUCUUAAAAUCGAGGAAAUGCGGUAUUUGGUGCUGUAAAAUAACACAGUUUGUCAUUUAUUGUAUGCCCUAUACAUUAUAACACCUUUCUUACCCAUGACCUAGGAACAUAUUUCUUUAGGAAUAGGAUCUCUGUAUAAGCAGAUUGUGAUAAAUCUUCUUCUUGGGCAUUCAGCUCUUAAAGUUUAGCCAGUGCCUCCUUUAUUGUGAUAAAUAUAUCAAAUUUUAAAUUUA